AGUAUCGGUCGUAGCGCGUCGUAGCCGGCCGCGUAGCACGACCUGCUACGAAAAUUGCUACGAAAUCAACACAUUAAAAGUUUCACACCUUUUCUUACACUUGUCUUAAAAGUUCCACCCUACAGUUUCGUUUCUUCAUGUGGAGUGUGAGUUUGUGUCGAGGAAAACUUUGUGAAGAUUGUAGGGAAAUGCGGUGCUGUCAGUGAGAUGCGCGCGCGCACGUGGCAUGGCGCGAGCGCUGUCCCCCUCCACGCCUAGCAGCCGCGCCAUGGACAAGUACGAGCAGCUGUCUGUGGUGGGCGAGGGCUCGUACGGCGUGGUGCUGAAGUGCCGGCGCCGCGACGACGGACAGCUCGUGGCCAUCAAGAAGUUCCUCGAGACGGAAGACGACGCCGGGGUGCGGAAGAUGGCGCUCAGGGAGAUACGGAUGCUUAAGAAGCUCCGCCACGACCACCUGGUGAACAUGCUGGAGGUGUUCCGCCGCAAGCGCCGCUUCUACCUGGUGUUCGAGUACCUGGACCACACGCUACUGGACGAGCUGGAGGCCUCGCCCGGGGGGCUGGGCGAGGAGGUGGCUAGGAAGCAUCUGUAUCAGCUGUUGAAGGGGAUUGAUUACUGUCAUCAGAACUCGAUAAUCCACCGCGACGUGAAGCCCGAGAACGUGCUGGUCUCCGCCAGCGGCAUCGUGAAGCUGUGCGACCUGGGGUUCGCGCGAGCACUGGCGGCGCCCGGCGAGCCCUACACGGAGUACGUGGCCACCCGGUGGUACCGCGCACCCGAGCUGCUGGUGGCUGAGCACAGGUACGGCCCCGAGGUGGACAUCUGGGCGCUGGGCUGCCUGUUCUCCGAGAUGCUGACCGGGGACCCGCUGUUCCCGGGCGACUCCGACAUCGACCAGCUCGCGCUCAUCAUCAACACUGUCGGCAAGCUAGCCCCGCGUCACCAGCAAGUCGUCUCUCGUCUCUCAGGCGGCGCGGGGGCGGCGUGUGGGGGCCGGGGGGCGAGCGGGGGCCGCGGGGCGCUGCCGGGGGGCGGCCACGGCCGGGACCUGCUGGCGGCUUGUCUGAGGACGGAGCCUCGGGCUAGGCCGCAGGCCUCCGCUUUGUUGAGGCAUAAAUAUUUCACGACGGAUGGUUGGGCCGACAGCUUCAAUGCGGAACUCCGACAAAAGCUUGGAAAGGAAGAGAGCACAUCGCCGCAACAGUGCACAGCUCGCUUAGCAAACAAACCGAGACAACAAUGGACCCUAAAUAUAAUGACUGAUCACUCGAGGUCUCGUACCAACAGCACCGCCGAUUCGCUGAUAGAUUACAAUUAUACACCAGGAACACACGAAGAAAUGGAAACAACAACCCAAGCAGAGAAAGCAAAGUCCCAUUCGAUGACGCCACAAGAUUCUGGAGAGGGUGGAAAUGGAGUGACUACAGCGACGUUGCCCGCCCCGCGCCCUCUCCCGCCUAAGUCUUUGUCUAAAGCCAUCAAUGAAACGUUUCAGACCUUUCCGGUACCUGUGACUACUUACCCUCGGACACCGUACAUAAAAAAAGUAAACAACAAGGUGAUGAUGGAAGAGGAUGUGAUUCGAGGGAAGGCGACGAGCAAGAAGCUUGCCAAGAAGACAGCGCCUCAACUUUCACUGCCAUACGUCCCAGGAGCCAGCAACAGUCCGAUGAAGAAAGCCAAGAAACUGACCCCUCAGCAGCAACAGUACCUCGUCAACAAAGCACACGACAACUGGAACUAUGGAGCGUAUCGUACCGGAGACAGUUCUCGCAGCCCCACCAACCUGCCCUACAUGUGACUGCAGGGCCGCGGCUGCCUCAAUGUCAUCCACCAACAACAUGCUUACAACACCGCCGAACGCAGAAAAUUUAAUUACUUUCAUUUUUAAACUUUUAAUAAUGUAAUGGAAAAACUUCAUAUACUAGUGAAUCAAACUCCCUAACUUGGCUUAUUGUCCCUUUCAGUAUUUGACUGAAGUUUACGUGUCAUACUAGCUAUGUUACGAUUAUUAUUAUUUCUCUUAUGGCGUAUUUAUUUUAAAUAAAUUGUUAGGUAAGUACCAAUCAUGUUUGAUUUAAUUGUUUAAUUCGUAAUGUCGGUUUUCAUGACAAAGCUAUCAUCAUCAUCUCAUCACACUGCCAAAGUAACUGUUGUUUUGUAAGGUUUGACUUUUGAAAUGUUUGGAUGAAUUUUGUAAAAGGUAGUCUUGGUGAAAACUGCUCUUUGUAAAUAUGUAUAGUGUUAAACUUUAUUACUUACAAAAUUAUUAAAAUAAAAUAAUUGCAAACUCA